AAGUCUACAGAUCGAUUGGCAAUGAGAAAAAAAAAAUUAUACGCCCUUUUGGAAUCAGCAACGUGAUUUGUCUUCGACGGUCAAAGAAUGUAUGAAAUGCAAAAAAUUUCUGUUUCCUAUUCAAUAACAAUAUUGUAAAGUGACGUAAGAUUUGUGGCGAUGGGCUGUCUCUGAAAGUCGUGAUCACCGCUCAAUGAAACCCUAGGAAACAAGUUUGGAUUCCAGCGACCGGAAUGUCAGAAAAAAGCAAACAACUCAAAAAGUAACGAUUAUAGUUCAAUUUACUCGAAGUAGAUACGAGAGAAGGAAAGGGCAAAGAUGAAAAGGCCGAUCUUAUCUCCACGCAGCAUGGAAUUACGUCAUUUACAACGAAAGCUGGACAACAGACCUUGACAGACGAUCCCACUAAAAGCGGACUUAUUUUGCAAACACCACAGUAGAUUAUCGACUUGCCUCCGAAUAGUCAUGCCGCAGUUGAGUUUUGAACAGUGUAACAUCGAAGAGAUAUGUACCUCUGUGGGAGGAAGUAAGAAGCUGUUGGAUGAACUUCGAGGAAAAUUAAGGGAGUGGUUAAAACUGCAGCCGCAUCUUCCUCAUGAUGCCGAAGACGAAAGAUUGGACUGGUUUCUUCUGUGUACUAAAUUGAGCUUGGAGCUAGCAAAGCAAAAACUGGAUGCUUAUUAUACAAUAAGAAGGUUUAUACCUGAAUUUUUCAGGAACAGAGAUCCAUGCGCACCGGGCAUGAAUAAUUUACACGACGUAAUGCAAUUCGUGCUUCUUCCGAAAUCGAAUGCUGGAAACGACAGAACUUGCAUUAUACGAUUUAUUUCGGAUGAUGCAAAUAUAUUUCGCGUUGAGGAGGUAUGCAGGUACUUAUUUAUGAUAAAUGAAAUUCAGAUGGUCGAAGGCCACAACAGCGGAUAUAAUAUGAUACUCGAUUUGUCGAUGAUGAGCGCAGGGCAGCUCGUGGGAAUGACACCAAGUUUCAUAAAAAAAUGUGAUGUUUCAGCCUCGGCUCACGCAAUAAGGCUGAAAGGAAUCCACAUCCUCAAUGCUUUUUCUCUCGUGAAUUCUGUGGUCACAAUGGUCAAAUCAAUUCUGAAGCCCAAACUCGCUAAAAGGAUUCACGUUCACGCUAAUGGAAAUUUCGAAAAAUUCCAUCAGUUUGUACCCAAAUCCGUACUACCCAAGGAAUACGGUGGCACUUAUUCGAACAUGGAUGACCUUGAUGUCUUAUUGCGCAAGAAAGUGGAGUCCUGGCGGGAUUGGUACUUGGAACAAGACGAUGUUCUGGUAGACGAAAGCCUCCGCCCUGGACCAGUCGUUAACGGAGACAGUCCCUUUGGAUUUUCUGGAAGUUUUCGAAAGUUGGAUGUUGACUAAUAAAGUUGAAUAAUGAAGAUCAUCUGCUGUUAUAUUGUACAUGAGGUAUUCAGCACGAAGGUUACAUGUAACCCUUACCAUCUUCAAUUAGUAAGGCGAAACGUACCUUUUCAUUUCGCGAUUUACUAUCUUGUGUCCGUUCGCAGAAUAAUUAAAUGAAUAAUGUAGAAGAUUUCGAAAAACUAGUAAGAAUUUUGGUGGGAAUUUCAGAGGCUUUUCAAAAACAGGCUUUCAUUCCGUUUCAAAUCUUCUGGGUGGAAAAAUGCAUUUUUGAAGAAAAUGAACGUCUCGUCACCUUGCAGUCAUAUUCACUAAAUUAUUUUAUAUGGAACAAUAAUUUUGAUUCUCCGUGAAACCCGGUUCGAUUUUGUGAUAGGGACAGUUAAAAAUGGCGGUACGUAAAAAUUUGUCCAGUCUGCACAAUUUCGUGAUCAUUUUGUAACGAUCGGCGUAGAAUUUUCCGUUCCGUUUUAACUCACAAUCAACCAGAAAGUCCCUGGAACUGAGUAAUUAUAAGGCUGAUUCUAAUGACUUCAGGUGUGUAAUGCAUAGGAAUAGUACUACAUGUACCUUGCUAGCAGAUUUAUGAUAGUUUUAUGGAUAAAAUUUGAUAAGGAAUAAAAAUUUGGAAAAUAUUGGAAUAUUGGAACAUUUCGAGUCCUAAAUCAUUUUUCAUGAUUAAUAUGCUCGUCUCAAAAGUAUUAAGAUCCAGCGUCUGUAAAAAUGUUAGCAGUAAACUAAGAUGGCCUGUGAUUGACUAGUAAUUUUGUACACCUGACUGGAGUUUUGAGAAAAGAUUAUGAAAGACUAUUUAGCUGUACAGAAUAAUUGUCGUAUUCUUGUCACGGUUGCUUAAGGUAUUACAGGAUGUAUAUUCCCAACUAAAAGUUAGUCUCGGUGAGAAUAUUGAACACUUCUCGAUGAGGUAAAAAUUUGAGAAAAUCAAUCAUAAUCAAGUUGAUAAUAUAAUUCGUUUUGAAUAAUAACAAUGCCAUAGUCGAAAUCGUAUAUCCGUGUUUCGGCAACUUGACCUUUGCCGUAUAUGUUUAUAAAUAUUCGCUUGACC